AUGACCGCUGAAAAUAUAGACCCGGAAACACUUAUAACACUUGUCCAACAAAGAUCAACGAUCUAUGAUUAUAAAGAUAAAUUACACAGUAACCGAGAUGUUCAGGAAAGAUUAUGGAAAGAAAUCUCCAGAAUACUAAAAGCUCCAGUUUCUGAGUGUAAAACCAAAUGGACAACUUUAUGCAAUUCGUUUUCUAAACAAUUACGCGAAGAAAAGAAAUUAACAUCUGGUUCAGAAGCGACAAAAAAAAGGAAAUGGCAUUUAUACGAUAACAUGACGUUUUUAAAAGAUUAUAUGUUCCAACAUAAAGAUAUGACAAGUAAUCUUAUUGCGGACGAUUUGGAUGAACCAACUGAUACAAAUGUUAAAGAAUCUGGAAUUUCAAAUUUUGAGGAACAACCUGAUAUGACACUUAAGUUCGACCAAAAUGUCAAUGUGGAUAAAGAAAUAGAUAGUGAACAAAGCUCAAGUUUACACGAGUUUAAGAAACCAAAAAACAAAAAAAAAGUUCUGUCAAUUGAAGAACCAUAA